UUAUUAUUCAUGAUGUGUUUCCUGAUGCAUGUAAAUAAUGUCAAAAUGUGGGUGAACAGGUUGUAUCUUCCCCAGCAGAUGCAGCUGAAAAGGUGACAGAAUGAUGACAAUGCUACCCACCAGUAAGAAUGCAAUAGAAGCUUAUUCUGGAGCAAAUGGCAUUCUAAAAAAAGUGAAGGAAGGCUUAUUAUUAGUAGAUGCCAGUACUAUUGAUCCUGCAAUUUCAAAAGAAUGGGCCAAAGAAACUGAGGAAAUGAGAGCAGUUUUCACGGACACCCCUGUUUCUGGUGAUGUAGGAGCUGCUGGGUCUGGGAACCUUACGUUGAUGGAAGGAGGAAUUGAAGAUGAAUUUGCUGCUGCCCAAGGGUUGCUGGGUGUAUGGGUUCCAGUGUGGUGUAUUGUUGAGACUGGGUAGGCUGCAAAGAUCUGCAAAAACAUGCUGUUAACUAUUAGUAUGACCGGAACCACUGAAGCUAUGAGUCUUGGAAUCAGUUUAGAGUUUGCCAAAACUAUUGGCUAAUAUCCUAAAUAUGAGUUCAGGACGGUGUUAGUCAAGUGACACUUAUAAUCUUGAACCCAGAGUGAUGGAUAGCAUUCCCUCAUCUAAU